GCGUCACGGCGCCUGUAAGACGCGUCCGGCCUCCCAAAAUUCCGUUGUAACGACCCUCACGGCCGCGAUGAACAAGUACUGGAUCCUCUGGAGCGGCGUCUCCCACAUAUCACGACUGUCCACCGUCCUCCAGAUCCUCAUCUUCCUCCCCCUCACCCUCGUCACGCUCUCCAAGUCCGCCUUCCUCCUCCUCUCCCUCCUCCUCACAUGCCACUCCCUCAUCCACGGCACCCUCAUCGCGUUCUGGGGCUCGGAGGCGCUGUCGCUGCUGCAGGUGCCGAUGCACCCCUUCCUCCUGCUCGUGUGCUUCAACGUGUUCUCGUCGCCGGCGCCGCCGUGGCUGGAGUCCGCGGCGGAGUGGUGGGGGACGAUCCUCACGUACUUCGGGCCGGGGUUCUGGAUUUUGGAGAGCGUGUCGAGCUUGUUGGUCGCGCAGAAGCUCGGGCAAGAGGGGAAGCGGCUCGUUAGCGAGACAGACGGGUAUCAGCUCACGCUGCUGAUUGCGAGUGCGAGCACGUACGUCGCGUCGGCGUGGUGGUAUGUUAGCUCGUACCCCGCUGCUGCGACAUCCCCCCUCGCUGCGACUCUACUGGGCGUCGCACCCGCGUCCUUAUUCUUCCUCACAUUCAUCGGCUUCACCCUGAGAAGAACAAACAUCAUCGAGUCCGCGGGGAUGGCUCUGUUCCUUGCCUACAACGUCUGGCUAUGCGGUUUCGACCAGUCAGGGGAGAGUGCGUCCACGGCCUCCUCAUUCCCCGUCUACCUGCCGUGGUUUGAUGCCCUGAUCAACUUCGUCAUGAAUACGCUGCCUAAGCCUGUGCUCGUCGCGCUGUUGUACCGACUGACGAUACUGCACUUGGCUUCGCGGAUAUUGCCCACAAUUGGCGCGGACAGCUGGGAUGCCGUCGAAGGCGUUGACAAUGGGUGGGACGGACGACCGACCUCCACCCUGACGCGGAUACUGUUGACGUAUCGGCAGUUCAUCUUCGUCACUGUCUAUACGCACUUGUUGCUCCUCGACAACUCGUCACAAAUAUGGUGGCGGUGGCUCAACAUAUUCUUCACGCUCAUCAUGUGGGCAGUCGAGCUCCUCGUCAGUCCCGACGACGACGCCAAAGGAUGGAAGGUGGACUAAUGGUCGCGCGCAUUGUGCGAGGCUAUCUGGAAGGCGAUUCAAUUUGGGUGGUAUCAAUUGCAAAACAAUCCUACCUAUAAUGUACACGGACAUGAGUUCCAGUAUGCUAGUGAUUUGCUUUCCACUGUGCUGUUUCCUCAGGCUCUCCCUCGUAGUAUUCCCGCUUCCAUAUCUGUGCUUUGCGCUUGACCUCCUCUAAAAUAUACUCGCACGCCACGAAUGCUUCUUUCCUGUGAGGUGACGAGACGGCGAUGACAAUGGAAGGCUCGCCGACGGGUACCGUGCCCAGUCUAUGAUACACGGCACACCGUAUGAUGGGUGUGACCUCUUGUCCGUCCGCGCUAUGUUCUGACC